AUGGAGCAUUACGAUGUCGUAAUACUGGGAACGGGCCUGUCAGAGUGUGUGCUAUCAGCCGUUCUGUCGCAAUCAGGAUACUCCGUUUUGCAGUUGGACUCAUCGGACCGGUAUGGCACUUCGUUCCAAAACUACAACUAUGUUGACCUGUGCACACGGUACAACAAGCCUGGACAUUCCGCUCUUGUCCCGUUGAGCAGCAAGUUCAGCAUAGAUUAUACGCCCAAGCUGCUACUUGCUGGCGGUCUGACGCAACGUGUGCUCAUAAAGUACGAUCUAAGCACACUCGUAAACUUUUUGCUCGUACCAGGAUGCUAUGUGUAUAAGCACCGCCUUUAUGAGGUGCCCACUUCUGAAACAAAGUCACUACAGACCGGUUUGAUUUCGUUUCUGCAGAAGCCCCGUCUUGUCCGCUUUUUCUACAAUGUCCGCAAAUACUUCAGGAACGUACCCAUAAAGCUGCUAGGCACCAUGCGUGAGCAGUACAAGCAUUAUGGAGUGGAUGAGCAUAGUGCUCAGGUUAUAGGACACGCUAUUGCGCUAAAUUUGGAUGAUAAUUACCUGGAUGAGCGGCCGAGUGUUACUUUUGAGAAGAUAAGGCUGUACAUCGAGAGUUUGAGGGAGAAUGGAGAUGAGAUAAGUCCGUUUGUGUAUCCUUUAUAUGGAAUGAGUGAGGUGUGCCAAGCAUUCGUGAGGAAAGCGUCUGUGGCAGGAGCAGUUUAUAGAUUGAGGACGAGUGUUGAGGAAAUUCGUUCUUGUGGAGAGUUUAGUAUCUGUAUGGGAGAAAGUGAUGGAGAGGAUACUCGUGGAAGGACAAAUCAGGACAAUGAGGGUGUAAGUGCCGGUGCAACCAAUGAUGUGAAGACAGCCACAACGGGCGAUUCGACCAAGAGCGGCCAUAAUGAUCAGAAAAUGCGUGGCGAUCAAAACAUUAAAGCCGAUGGCGCGAACAAGGGCGGUGAGACGAGCAGUCAUGAUGGUGAGCAGGAGGAUAAAUCACGGUUGAACCCUCAGGGUGGUGGCAAUGAGGGCGGCAAAGGAGCACAUUACAAUUUUACGGUGAAAAUACGGCCGGAGAAUGAAAAUACACUUGAAGUGCGCUGCAAGGCUCUCAUCUCAGAUAUUUCGUACACGCCGAACAAACGGCCGACUAACACGAAAAUCAUACGUGCUACAUUAAUUGUAGACGGCGUUGUUCCUCUGCUCAAACACGUGCCAUCGGCUCAAAUACUUUUCUUGUCGAGUGGACUGCACCGGAAAACGGAUGUGUUUGCUCUUAUCCUAGGACACAGAGAAUGCGUGGCACCGAAGGGCUACAAAGUUGUGCUCAUAAGCUACGUAAAAGAAGGGGACGAUGAUAAAACACUGGACAAAAUCAUACAUUUAUUCGGAAAGGUUGUGGAUCGUUUUGUCAGGGAGGAGGAGGUGAUGGUGAACGAGAGCGUGGGUAGGGGAUGGUACGUUGUGAGCGACUGUGAUGAAAGUAUGCAUGUGGAGAACGGCAUGCAUGAAGUUGUGAAGGUGUUAGAAAGAAUGAAAAAGGACGGAUUUAAGAUUGAGUGCUCGUUUUAGAGCGCAUAUUUUGUAGGUAAAAUGAGAUGAUUGAUUUUUUGUGUCUGGUGGCCAGAUUUUGUGUUUAGAAUCUUGGUGUUUACGUGCCGGGCGAAAUAUUGUUAAAUAUUUUGUUAUGUCUUCCUGCACUUCACCAACAAUUCAUUUUGCCCUUAGAUACGCAUUCAAGGAACUUGACUGUUGGAAUCUCUGAAAUAAUUGAGGAAGAACUUUAU